CCCUAUAUAUACCUCCUUCCUUCCUCUCUUCAAACCGCAGAUCUAAGCAUAGAAAUACACAAAUACAAACAAGCCUUCACUGAGCAAUCUUGUUCUUUUCUCUCAAUUCCCAUUUCAAAAACCAAGCAAGAAAAAUGUCUCUCAUUCCAAGCAGCUUCUUCGGUGGCCGGAGAGCCAACGUCUUCGAUCCUUUCUCUCUCGACUUCUGGGAUCCCUUCUAUGGCUUCCCAUUCCCAAGCACAUCUCUCUCAGUCUCAGCUCCUCGCUCUGAGUCCGCAAAUGAAACUUCAGCAUUUGCCAAGGCGCGCAUAGACUGGAAGGAAACUCCGGAGGCUCACGUUUUCAAGGCUGAUCUUCCAGGAAUAAAGAAAGAGGAAGUGAAAGUGGAGGUAGAAGAAGGCAGGGUUUUGCAGAUAAGUGGAGAGAGAAGCAAAGAGAAGGAAGAGAAGAACGAUAAGUGGCAUAGAGUUGAGAGAUCAAGAGGGAAAUUCUUGAGAAGAUUCAGGCUGCCAGAGAAUGCAAAAGUUGACGAGGUUAAGGCAAGCAUGGAGAACGGAGUCCUGACAGUGACUGUUCCUAAAGAGGAGGUCAAGAAACCAGAUGUCAAGGCCAUUGAGAUCUCUGGUUGACUGAAAACAAUGGCAAAUUCCAUCUAUGGGGUGUUGCAGUUUGGUCUGAAAAAAGGUAUUAGAAUUACAAUAUCUUCUAAUAAACAAGUAAUAUAGAUGAGUGUAAUCUGUAAUAUAAUUGGUGUUAUGUGGUUCUUUUGCAUGGAGUUGUAAUUUGAGUGUACUGAAUUUUCUUUGUUAAUACAGAUUUGAUCUUUUCGUUUUCUUA